UAGGUUUAUUCGCUAACUUUUCCCCAAAUUCUCUGUUUUCCUGAAACCCUAGCUUCAAGAACUUGAAAAGAUGUUGAAUAUGAACAAAUCUCUCGACGAUUUCAUAAAGAGGAAUAAGCAAUUGAAACUCCGGCAAGUUCCAAACUCCGGCGAACCUGGUCCAGCUCGCCGUCUCCAGAAUCGCAGUGCUAAUCGCGCCGUUCCAUACUCUCUUAGACAGGUUCCAGUCCCUGAUGCUGCAUCCCCAGCGCAAACAGUUCGCGUACCAUCUAAAGAGACUGGCACUAAACUCAUCAUAUCUAACCUGAAUUAUGGAGUCUCGGAUAAGGAUAUCAUGGAGAUAUUUUCUGAUGUUGGUAAAGUGCAAAGAUAUUCAAUUAAUUAUGAUAGAAGUGGAAGAUCAAAGGGAACAGCUGAAGUAGUUUACUCACUAAGAAGAGAUGCUGAAGAAGCUAUGAUGAGAUACCAAGGUGUUCGGCUUGAUGGAAAGCGUAUGAAAGUAGAAACUGUAGGAACAAAGAUGGCAAUCCCUGUUGCUUCCAUACCAAUAAAAAACAUGUAUCAAAACCAAAACUACGCACCCAUAAGUUGUCAUGGUGGAAGAGCCAGUGGCAUCGGAAACACCACCACCGCGGUGGUGGUGACGGUGGUGGAUGGUUUGGUAGAGGAGGAGGAGGUGGUUAUGAAAAGUCAAAAAAGUUGUCAUUAGUUGAAGAUCUGGAUGCUGAUUUGGACAAUUAUCAUGCAAAAGCAGCAGCAGAAGCAUUAGCAUUAGCAACCGAACAGGAAAACCCAAAGAGACUAAUCAUCAUCAUUGAGAUUCGGUCAUUUGAAUUUUGUAGAAUACUAUCUCCAUUUGUCAAAUAGGUUCAUCAAAGACACUUAAUUACUUUCUUUCUUGUUAAGAUUACAUUUACAUAAUGAAUGCAUUGUGAACUCAUCAAAUGUGAA